GCCGGUAUAAGAGAGGUGACCCGAACAGCAGGAGUUUGAAUCCACCUGUCCAGACGCGAUGUUGCAGACGGUGGCCAUCAUCCUGCUUCAAGCAGCAUUCGUUUUUGGAUGCGGAACGCCUGCCGUCCAGCCCAACACCAACAGGGUUGUGAACGGAGAGGACGCUCUACCCCAUAGCUGGCCUUGGCAGAUCUCCCUGCAAGUGAAACAUGGCAGCCGUUUCCAUCACACCUGUGGAGGAACUCUGAUCGCGCCUCGCUGGGUGCUGACGGCCGGACACUGCAUCUGGCCGGGAGACGUGUAUCGCGUUCUCCUUGGAGAGCAUGACAUGAACGUCCAGGAGGGCACGGAACAGAUCAGGGACAUCCUGCGCAUCGUCGUCCACCCCAGUUGGGACAUUGACCACGUGGCUGACGGGAACGAUCUCGCCCUGCUGAAGCUGGAUAAGAGCCCCAUCAUGACCGACAGCGUCAGCGUGGCUUGCCUUCCGGAGGCUGGAGAAAUCCUCGCCCAUGGGACUCCGUGUUACAUCUCCGGCUGGGGCAACCUUUACACCCAUGGCCCCAUGCCCGACAAGCUGCAGCAGGCCCUGCUCCCCGUGGUGGAGCACAGCGUGUGCAGUCGCAGCGACUGGUGGGGCAUCAACGUGAAGAGCACCAUGGUCUGCGCAGGGGGAGACAUCGUGUCCGGGUGCAAUGGCGACUCCGGCGGCCCUCUGAACUGUCUGGGUCGGGACGGUAGGUGGUACAUCCAGGGCGUGACCAGCUUCGUUUCCUCGAGAACGUGCAACGAAGUGAAGAAACCCACCGUUUUCACCCGCACCUCGGCUUUCACCGACUGGCUCAGCGAGGUCAUGCUGAAGUACUGAAGUACUGAAGAUCAGCUGUGUGCAGCUUAAAUGACCCAAAAACACUCAGAUCCCACGUUGUGUUUUUUUUCUUUUCUGGAAUCAGAAUUCUUUUCCAGUAACAUUACUCAGCUUGAAAAAAUAAAAACGUCCCACUGAAAUACCGGAAAAACUUGUUCUCUUUUAGACAAACAUGAAAACGUCACAUUCUACUGAAUUGACAUCAUUUUUAAUAAUCGCAUCAAGCAAAACCUACAAAAUGUUUCACAAACCGUGGA